CGUCCCUAUUUCCUCCAUUAUCAUACGGGGCCAAAAUUUCACUUCACUAAAGAGGACUCUUUGUCACCAUCAAAAAGCAAAGACCUCAAUUCCACAACCAUUCAAAAAGCCCCAAACACCUUGCAAAAAUCCAAAGAUAUAUCGUAUUGUACUAGUGUUACUGUAUAAACAGCCGCAAAACAGCGAAGACCUUUCACCUCUCUCUUUCCCAAAAGGACACAAGACCUCUCAAAUUCUCCUCAAAUCAAACCCAAACAAGAUCAGAGUUUUUUCAGCCAUGGCUCUGGGCGUGGAUCAGAGCAGAAAGGCCUGGGCUCUGUUGUUGUUUGCCAUUUGUGCUGCAGCCUUGCAAUUGCAAGGGUCCAUGGCUGUUGUUCACAAGGUGGGAGACUCGGCUGGUUGGACCACCAUUGGCAACAUUGAUUACAAGCAAUGGUCUGCAACCAAGUCCUUUCAACUUGGGGAUGUCAUCGUUUUCAGUUACAAUCCUCAGUUUCACAACGUGAUGCAAGUCACACACCGAGAGUACCAAGCCUGCAACGCCACCGCCCCAAUCGCCACCCACACCACUGGCAACGACUCCAUCACCAUCGCCACCCGCGGCCACCACUUCUUCCUGUGUGGUGUCCCCGGUCACUGCCUAUCCGGACAGAAGGUCGACAUCAACGUGCUACGAACUCCGUUGGCUCCAACCCCUUCAGCAACCCCUACUCCAACUCCCGAUACCACCGUGCCUUCGCCUUCUCCGAGCACUGCUGCUCCGCUGUAUGCUAUGGUGGGGACUCUUGGUAAGAUCGGAUUGUCUGUCGCUGUUUUUGCAGCUUUUUCUUCUACUUUUGCUUGAUGGGGUUUUGGUCAUUUCACAUUUCAAUAUAUUUGUGUAUUUUGUGUCAUGACAUAAAUAUGAAAUUACUUAUAUGACUAAUUAUGCAAAUAUAUGAGAUUUUCCAUGCUUUGCAAA